CAUAUUGGGGUCUUACCUCUGGUUCUUCUCCUGCAUUUGGCCCAGCGGGCAAGUCGGAAAACGGUGCUACACAUGUCAGCCGCACACCAACCCCAGCUACAGAAGGGACUCUGGGGUUUCUCCCUGCUCCUCCUGGCCUCUUUUACACAACCGGUGAAAGGCGAGGAUGGAGGCCUGAAAGUCCAGGUCACCCAGAAGGGCCUGGAAUAUGCCAAGGACUUUGGUCUAGAGAUGCUGAAGGUAUUUGCAAAGAAGGAGCAGAUCCAGGACAUCAGUGGCUCCUACAAUGUACCCCUUCUUGGGGCCGUCAGUUAUACUAUGUCGGGGAUCCGGGUCACGCAGUUUGAGGUGACCCACUCCACGGCUGCCUUCUUGGAAGGGACUGGUCUCAACCUGACCAUCCACAACGCCCAGGUCUCGCUCAGCAGCCGAUGGUCCUUGUCGUCUUGGCUUGCAAGCGAGGAUGGCACCGUGGACAUCAGCCUGAACCGUCUCUUCCUCUCCAGUCUCCUCGGGUUGGGCAAAGAUGCCAGAGGACGCCCUCGGGUCUCGUACGCUGGCUGCCAUUCUGCCCUGGGGGACGUGGAGUUGAAAUUCCAUGGGGGAAAGAGCUGGCUCUACAAUCUCCUGGCAGCUGCUCUAAAGGGGAUUCUGCAGACGGAAGUCAACAAGGAGGGUGAGUUUUUCCAGGUCAGAGGGCGCCCUGGCCCUCUCCUCCCUGCCCCCUUCCACCUUCCCAACCAGCCCGACUCCAUGGUCCUCCUGGGCAUCUCUGAGUUCUUCGCCAACUCGGCCGCCUUCGCUUACUUCAUGUCCGGAGCGCUGCGGGUGAACUACACAGGGCGGAUGAUUCCAAAAACGGUUCCCUUCCGCCUCAACACGAAGAAUUUGGGAGUGUUCAUUCCAGAGCUGAAUAAAGAGUUCCCGGACAUGGAGAUGGAGAUCCACAUCGCUGCCCAGAAGCCGCCGGUCCUGAGCAUCCAUCCGGGCAGCCUCGAGGGAGCAGCCUUUGCCUCUGUGGAGGCCUUCGCUGUCUUGCCCAAUGCCAACCUGGCUUCUGCCUUUCUGCUUAAUAUUGAGGCCAACCUCACAGGACAAGUUUUCCUCAGACCGGUCCAAGGUGGGACGUCCAUCGGGAACAUUGCCGGCUCCUUGGCCUUGAAAAGCUUCCACCUGUCUGUGGAAAAGUCCAGCAUUGGGGAGAUCAAGGUAACUGUCUAG